UUGCAGCCCCAAAAAGGGGCGUUGCAGCCCCCACACAGGGGCAUUGCGGGGCUCUGCCCCCCACCUGAUGCCCCCCCCCCCGAUGCCUGCAGGUGCCUCUCCUCCCCGAGCUGACAUGGAGCAGCUGAAGUGACCCGAGGAGCUGUCACAGCCGUGCCAGGAUGGGCUGUGUGCACUGCAAGGAGAAGAAGUCCGGCAAGGGGCAGGGGGGGAGCGGCACGGGGACCCCAGCCCCCCCCCCCUCGCAGUACGACCCCGACCCCACGCAGCUCAGCGGUGCCUUCACCCACAUCCCCGACUUCAACAACUUCCACGCCGCGUCUGUGCCCUCCCCUGCGCCCUUCUCGGGGCCGGGCUUCUACCCCUGCAACACGCUGCAGGCGCACAGCAGCAUCACAGGCGGGGGUGUGACACUGUUCAUCGCCCUGUACGACUACGAGGCCAGGACGGAGGAUGACCUGAGCUUCCAGAAAGGGGAGAAAUUCCACAUCAUCAACAACACCGAGGGUGACUGGUGGGAGGCGCGGUCGCUGAGCUCGGGUGCCACGGGCUACCUCCCCAGCAACUACGUGGCCCCCGUGGACUCCAUCCAGGCAGAGGAGUGGUACUUCGGGAAGAUCGGGCGCAAGGACGCAGAGCGGCAGCUCCUGUGCCACGGCAACUGCAGGGGAACCUUCCUCAUCCGUGAGAGCGAGACGACGAAAGGGGCCUACUCCCUCUCCAUCCGGGACUGGGACGAGGCCAAGGGCGACCACGUGAAGCACUAUAAGAUCCGCAAGCUGGACAGCGGGGGGUACUACAUCACCACGCGGGCGCAGUUCGACACCAUCCAGCAGCUGGUGCAGCACUACAUAGAGCGGGCGGCCGGGCUGUGCUGCCGCCUGGCCGUGCCGUGCCCCAAGGGGACCCCCAAGCUGGCCGACCUGUCGGUCAAAACCAAAGACGUGUGGGAGAUCCCCCGCGAGUCCCUGCAGCUGCUGCAGAAGCUGGGCAACGGGCAGUUCGGGGAAGUGUGGAUGGGGACGUGGAACGGCACCACCAAGGUGGCAGUGAAGACGCUGAAGCCGGGCACCAUGUCCCCCGAGGCCUUCCUGGAGGAGGCUCAGAUCAUGAAGCGGCUGCGGCACGACAAGCUGGUGCAGCUCUACGCCGUGGUGUCAGAGGAGCCCAUCUACAUCGUCACCGAGUUCAUGAGCCAAGGCAGCUUGCUGGACUUCCUAAAGGACGGGGACGGCCGCUACCUGAAGCUGCCCCAGCUGGUGGACAUGGCUGCGCAGAUCGCCGCGGGCAUGGCUUACAUCGAGCGGAUGAACUACAUCCACCGGGACCUGCGCGCUGCCAACAUCCUGGUGGGCGACAACCUGGUGUGCAAGAUCGCCGACUUCGGCCUCGCGCGCCUCAUCGAGGACAACGAGUACACGGCGCGCCAGGGUGCCAAAUUCCCCAUUAAGUGGACGGCCCCGGAGGCAGCACUCUAUGGGAAGUUCACCAUCAAGUCGGACGUCUGGUCCUUCGGCAUCCUGCUGACCGAGCUGGUGACCAAAGGCCGGGUGCCCUACCCAGGGAUGAACAACCGGGAGGUGCUGGAGCAGGUGGAGCGGGGGUACCGCAUGCAGUGCCCGGGAGGCUGCCCCCCAUCCCUGCACGAUGUGAUGGUGCAGUGCUGGAAGCGGGAGCCCGAGGAGCGUCCCACCUUCGAGUACCUUCAGUCCUUCCUCGAGGACUACUUCACGGCCACCGAGCCCCAGUACCAGCCCGGGGACAACCAGUGACCCCACGCUGGGAGGGCUGGGGGGGGCCAAUCCUCCCCUUUCUGCAGGGGGUUUGUUGCUCUCAUCGCCUGCAUCCCCUGCGUGUGCCUCUGGGGCUGUGCAGGGGGUGCCCCUGGGGGGCUUUGCACAAGGAUUUUGGACUCAGGGGGCUGCGCCGUGCCCAGCUGUGCCCCCCUCCCCCAGCACCUCUCUCGUUGCCUUCACACCCAGAUUUGAACCUGAGAAGUGCUUUAGAUGGGGGAGGAAUGUGGCCCCCCCCCCCCCCGCAAGCACACAGGUGUCCUGAGGGUGCCCCCUCCCCAUGCCAGCCCCAUCUCAUCGCCCAGCUCAGCUCUUUGCAGCUGGGGGGUUCAGACCCCAAGCCCUGGGGAAGGUCACCUCACCCCCUCCCGAUAUUGUCUUUAAUUUAUAACCCCCCCAGCAGCCAUCUCCCCCUCAGGGACCCCUAUAUUGGGGGGGGGAGGGGAUGCUCCUUGCCCCACCUGCUGCUUUUUUCUCCUCUCCUUAAAGCAGAACCAAAAUCCCAAAAGCCAUAAACCGCUGCUUGCACUGAGGGGGGACAUAAGGGGGCCCGAGGGGAGGGGUGGGGGGGGGGGCAGGGCAGGUCUGUCUCAGGGGCUGUUUCUCGUGGCCCCAUUGCCUUACAUGGGAACAGGGAGGAGGGGAGCAUGGGGCCAGUUCACCCCCAUAGUGCCUACAGGGGUCAUCUCAAAUCCCCCAAAUCCCUGCAGCAAGCAUUCACUGGGGUACUGGGGGGGGGUGCAGGGGGAGCAGUGGGGGAACACGGGGCACAAAGUGAAUGUGAUGGCACUUGGGGAGGCAGGGGGGGGCCUCCUGGCGGCCAAGAGCCCCCUACAGUGUGGGGCAGAGCUGUGCAGCCAGGCUGUGCUCCCCACCCCCCGCUGGGGAUGGGGGAAGGGGAUGGGAAGGUUUUGUUGUUAAUUUUUUUUUUUUAAUUCAGUCUGUAAAUAGAGAGAAAUAA